AUGGAUACAAUUAAUGCUACCAAAUAUAAUUUAUCAACUUCAUACAGAAAAAAUAAGGUUACUAGAGAAAGAAAUCCUUUAAGAAAAAAAUGCAAUAAAUGUGAGAAGUUAAGACUUCAUGAUAAUAAGAAUGCUCAGCAAUGUAAUUUUUGCAAUCAGAUAAUGUUAAGUGGAAAUAAAUUUAUUGAUAAUUUGCUUGUUAAACUAAAUAAACAAAAGGUUUUUAUAGAAUUUAUUCCGUAUGAAUAUUUUAAAAAUAUCAUUUAUCUUUCUGAGGGAGGAUUUAGUAAAAUAUACAAAGCGACAUGUGUUAAUGGUAUAAGAACGGAAUGGAAUAGUCGGAAGCGAAGAUUUGCAGAAGCUAUUAUCAAUGCAACAGUUGUUCUUAAAUGUCUUAAUAGUUCUGAAGCUAUAAGUCAUGAUUUUUUAAAUGAGUUAAAAAAUUAUUUUCAAUGUUCAGAUGGUUAUUAUAUACUCCAAUAUUACGGCAUUACACAGCAUCCAGAAACAAAAGAUUACAUGAUUGUAAUGGCCUUUGCAGAAAAUGGUGAUUUAUAUAAUUAUAUUUCAAAAAAUUUUCUUACUAUAUCUUGGAAGCAAAAACUAGGGGCGUUAAGAAAUAUAGCAUGGGGACUCAAAACAAUUCAUGAUAAAAAAAUUAUUCAUCGAGAUCUUCAUAGUGGCAAUAUACUUAUUCAUCGUGGUAAUAAUCCAAGAAAUGUUGAUUUUGGUGUAAAAAUGGGAGAUUUUGGAAUAAGCAAACCAGCAAAUGAGAUAACAGAUACAAAAGAGAUAUAUGGGAAUAAACAAUUAUCGAAAAUGGACUUAAGUUUUCUAUGCAGCAAACGAAUUUUGUACUAUUAUCAACAAGAAUCAGCAUCACCCUCACAUUCUAAUCUUAAUAUUCCAAAAACACAUCAGCUUUACGAAAAUAAUUUUGCUUAUAACGAUGUUCAUAAUAAAAAUAAAAGGCAAAAAUAUAAUGAGGAUGCACACUAUCAAGAUAAUCAUAAUUAUCAAAGUAAAGAAUUUGAGUUUGAUAUUAACCGAUAA